CGGUUAAUGAUAUUAAAAAUCACAAUUAUAGUAGAGAAGCACAUGGGAUAUCGCGCAAGCGAGCUAAUACGUUUAUUUAUAUAUCGAGCUGUAUCUGGCCAUAGGCGCCGCUACUGUCGCGAUUUCAAAGCCAGUAUGCAGUGUCUCGAACAGCUUUCAAGUGCUUACUAAUAUAGCACAACAAAAAACCCAAAGAAAUAAAUAUCAAAACGUUUUAUACUUGUGAAUCGGUCUGUAAUACAAGAAUAAUAAAACGUCACAUGCCUGAUAAACACAACGUAAUAACAAACCCAGUAAUGUUGUAAAUGAACAUUUCAAAACUAGAAAAUAUUAAUUGCGCAAAUUAAAUCUUCAAGAUGCAGUUCGAUAACACCUGUCAUUAUUGAGAGUCAUUGCACAACCAAAAUUAGACGAAAAUUACCACGUGAAUCUCGUUCUUCCUCACUGUACUUGAUUCCAAGAAACGUGAGACCGGAAAGACCGAGCAAGAUUAUCUAUUUGUAUAGCAUCGUGAUAUAUUUAAUAAUAGGAUGGCUGAGAAAGUAACGAAGAAUCAAAAAUUGCAUGAACAGUCAAUGAAAACCGCAGUACAAUCUCAACUCGCCAAAAUAAAAAAGGAGGAAGAAGAAGAAUUAUGGAUAUCAGGGGAAGAAUUGUAUACGGAGGGUAGCAGUGACGAAGAAGAGUACGAAGCGCAAUUACGAUCGCGCCGCAAAAUCAAUAGCAAUCAAUCAUCACGCGCCUCUUCGGCUAAUCCUAGUGUCGAACGACGAGGUCAUUCACCCGUUCCAUCCGAAAUCAAGUCGAAAUCAGACCAUUCUAUAGGUGCUCGUAUGGAUAUUACUGAAAAUCAAUUUAUGCUGAAAUUUGUAUCGCAAUAUGACAAAACCUCGUCGAAAGAUUCGAGUCGAACGCCGCCAAUAGAAUCUCCAAGAUCCGAUCGUCUUCCUACGACGGAAACAUCUAUGAGUUCAGUUACAAAAGAUCUUUCUGAACUUUCAACCACGGAAGACCAAAUAGAAAACAUGGAAAUUUCAUGGAAAGCAAACAAAGGUACUUUUGUCUUACCUAACUCUAGUGACGAUAUAAAAAAAGAAACGAACAAAUGCUGACAUAUAGAAAAAGUUGCAUUUUCAUUGUUAUAUUCUUAUUAAUUCGUUCCAAAAGUAUUUAUUCUAUUUACUAUGUUCUAUAUACUUAUGUAAACUAUUUAACCUGAAAUAAUUCCUUAAAUAUUCGAUUUGAUGUUGCUUCUACUGUACAUCUCAACAUUUUUCGCUAUGUACUUCGUUACAUACAUACAUAAGAUUUGGUAAAACAAAUUGUACUUAAUUAGAGUUGUUACAUAAUAAUGAAGAAUUGUUCAGAAGUGAAUGGGAUGAUGACAUUAAUAUUUCAAAUAUUGCUGCGCAAGAUGAAUGUAUACGAAAAGAAAUUUUAGAAGUAGAAAAUCUUGAUAACGUUAUACACGUAAUGAACGAUAAAGUAAAAGUAAAUUAUUUGUAUUGUAAAAUGAAACACAGAUCAUUUUUUUAACACUGUAAGCGAAAAUGUCUUAAUCAUACUGCAGAAAGCAAUCGAAGAAACUGUAUUGUAUCAAUAUGAAAAUCGAAAACGGCUAGAAAAAAUGUUAGAAUCGAAUCCAUCUGAAACUGGUAAAUUAGCAGAAAAUACGCGGCAAUUCUUUUAUUUAUGUCCCAAAUAUACAACGCUAAAUACAGGUAUGACAAUAAAGUUAUAAUGCACGAAAGAAUUCCAUAAUAAUAUAUUAAUCAAGAGAUUAUUGGAUAUUUUAAAUAGUAUAUAUUUUAUAUCUAUAUAUCUAAUAUUACGUUUAUUUACAUAAUUAAAAAGUCUAACAAAAAAAUUGUAUUUUAUAAAAUUGCAAAAGCUAGAAAUUCGUAAAUGUAACGACUCGAACAUAUUGAUCGAGACAAAUAAUUAUAAACGGCGACUAUUUCAAAAUAAAGAUGGUAUAAAUCUUUUAAAUCUUGAUAGCAAAGUAAGUUAUAUUAAUAAUCGUACUGUAUGAGAAUUACAAUUUUUCAUUUAUUUUUCUCAAACUUUAUCUCUUACCGGAAAGGAUAAAUGGGAGUUUAUUGAUUCAACUUAUUAUAUUGAAAAUAUAAAUAAUGUAAUAGAAGAUUCUAGUAGUAAUCCAUAUAUGAUGAAUGCAGAGAUGAAAGAAAUGUUAUUAAAAUUGAAUAAAAGAGUGAGUUAGAAAAAGUUCAAAUUAAUCAAAACAUUAUUUUAAAAUAAUAGAUUUUUCAGGAAAAUUUAUUUAAUAAACAAGCAUCUUUAAAAGAAAAUGAUAGUAUAUUUGAUAUAAAUAAUGCAAUUUCGACAUUUGGUAAUAUGUCAACAAUAAAAAGUGUGCAGGAUAUUUAUAAUGAUCUUAUAGAUGAAGUAAUAAAGGAAACUCAAAUUAUUAAUACAUCAUCAACUGUAAAUAUCGCUGAAAACGAAUUAAACAUGUAAAAUGGA